AUGUUAUCUGGAACUAAACAACUGGUUAAGGAUAUUAUGAUGGCAAUAAAAGAUGGCGUCGAACCAAUCCCUAUUCAGAGUGGAUUAGGAGGGGCAUAUUAUUUUAGAAACAUUUAUGGUGAAAACAUCGCAAUUGUUAAACCAACUGAUGAAGAACCUUAUGCACCAAACAAUCCGAAAGGUUUUGUCGGUAAAGCUCUCGGACAACCUGGAUUGAAAAGGUCGGUGAGGGUUGGAGAGACGGGAUUCAGAGAAGUUGCAGCUUACCUUCUUGACCAUGAUCAUUUUGCGAAUGUGCCUUCUACUGCACUUGUGAAGGUUACACACGGUAUUUUUAAUGUUAACGACAUGGUCAAUGGUAAUAUGCAUCUUAACAAGAAGCAAAUAAGCAAGAUUGCAUCACUCCAACAUUACAUUCCUCAUGAUUUUGAUGCUAGUGAUCAUGGAACUUCUAGUUUUCCCGUUGCUUCUGUUCAUAGGAUCGGAAUUUUAGAUGUGCGCAUCUUAAAUACAGACAGACAUGCAGGAAAUCUUCUCGUCAAGAAGCUUGAUGAGCUUGGAAGGUUUGACCGGGUCGAGCUUUUUCCUAUCGAUCAUGGUCUUUGUCUACCUGAACAUCUGGAAGAUCCUUAUUUUGAAUGGAUCCAUUGGCCUCAAGCUUCAAUCCCUUUCUCUGAUGAUGAGCUGAAGUACAUAUCUCGUCUAGACCCAUUUCGUGAUUCAGAAAUGCUUAGAAUGGAGCUUCCAAUGAUUCGAGAAGCAUGCUUACGGGUUUUGGUUCUUUGUACUUUGUUCCUCAAAGAAGCAGCAGCCUUUGGUCUUUGUCUAGCUGAGAUCGGCGAUAUGAUGAGUAGAGAAUUUAACUGUCAUGUUGAAGAACCUAGUGAGCUUGAGCUAAUAUGUAUUGAGGCAAAGAAGCUAUUAGAUCAUGAAGAUUUAUCAUCUUUUGAAAGAAAAGUAGGAGACAAAGAUGCGACCCCUUUUCAGUUAGAUUGCGAGGAUCCGGAUCCGGAUUCUGAUUUUGUGUUAAAUCUAGAAGAGAAACCAACAGUGUCAUCAUCAUCUCAAUUCCGAAUGAGAAAUGGAAACGGUAGAAUUAAACUUUCUAAACUAGAAGAGAGUGUAAUGGAGGAGGAAGAAGGCAAUAUUUCAAAGCUAUCUGUGUUAGUGAAAAACGCGGCUAUCAAUGAAAAAAGUUGUCAGUUCUCAUGUGUGAAACAAAGAAGUGGCUCUUCGGUUGCGAGUUCUUCUGGAGAUAACAGUGUGAAUGAUUUGGUGACAGGUUCAAGUUUUGUGAAGUUGACAGAUAUGGAUGAAGAGAAGUGGAACCAGUUUCUUGAGAAUUUUCAAAGUUUAUUAAUCCCAGCUUUUGUUAACUGUAAAGAAAAGAAUAUGAAGAGGCAGAGACAGAGACUUGGAACCUCGUGCAAAAUUUAG